AUGACCGUACGUGUCGUGCCAUACAAUAUUUUGGUACUUAGUUAUGCUAAAUGUCAACCUAAAUUUCUUAAGACCGAUCAUCGAUGGAACUUAAUUCGAUCACAAUUAGAACAAGAAAUUCUUCAUCAUGAAAAUACAAUUAUCUGUUUACAAGAACUAUCUUUGAUAUUGUUGCCAGAACUUGAAUUACUUUUUUUCAUCGAUUGGAAUUAUACAUUGUUUCAUAAUUUGUAUGGUGGAUGUCACAACGGUUGUAUGGGUAUAGGUAUUGCAAUUCCAGUUUCUAUGGAACUUAAUUCACUUUCUAUUAUAAGAAUUGGAGAUUUUAUAUACUCGAUUAGUAAACUUCGAGAAAAGCAUACAAAUAUUUUAACGCUGAAAUGUGAUUUAAACGAAUCUAACAUGCAACAACUGCUACUUGAUACAUCAGAUCCAUGGAAAACUGUUAUAUGGUUAAAGUCAAUACUUUCAUCUGUAUACAAGUUAUUGUUAACAAUAAAUCAAUUUAUAUAG